CUGUUCCAAAAGCCUUAAAAACUUCACAAGUACACACUACUGCGUUUUGCCAUCUCUCUCUCUCUCUCUUUCUCCGUGGGAUCCAAAAGCACUUUUACUCUUACAAUUUCCCCUUCCAACCCGCAAUCAAUCUGCCACUUCCUUUCUUUACUUUUCAGCCCCAAAAACAAAACCACUUCCAGAAUUCUCUGAAAAAACCAAACCUUUCCUCUUCAUAGUUUUUAUAUAUAAAUAUAUAUAUAUAUAUAUAUAUAUCUUCAACACGUUAGAGAGCAUCGCCAUCUUUGAUUCUCCAAAGUUUGCUUUGUGAUCUGUAACCUCUUUGUCUCCAGCCACAUUUUAGUGACUUCCGCCAAACUUCUUGUCCAUUUUAUUAUAUUCCUUUCCUGUCUUCUUCAUUUGAUUCGUUUUCAGUGACAAAACGUUAUAGUUCCAGUUCAAUCUUAUUGAAGUGAUUUGAGCUUCUGGGUUAUUGGAAUUUUGGUUGUUGAUCUGGGUUUUGAGUGUGAAGUCAAGGCCUUAGAUGCACCUAUUAGAUUAUUGCUUUGAAGGGAUUUAAUGCUUUAUUGCUAAGAUGCAGCCUGAUCAGAGAAGAAAGUCAGCAGUGGAUGUAGACUUUUUCACAGAAUAUGGUGAGGGGAGCAGGUACAGAAUUGAGGAAGUAAUUGGUAAAGGAAGCUAUGGCGUUGUUUGCUCUGCAUAUGAUACACAUACUGGAGAAAAGGUAGCAAUCAAGAAAAUAAAUGACAUUUUUGAACAUGUCUCUGAUGCCACUCGUAUCCUUCGUGAGAUUAAACUUCUUAGACUCCUGCGUCAUCCAGACAUUGUGGAGAUCAAGCACAUCCUGUUACCACCUUCCAGGAGGGAAUUCAAAGAUAUAUAUGUUGUUUUUGAACUCAUGGAAUCUGACUUACACCAGGUUAUUAAAGCAAAUGACGAUUUGACGCCAGAACAUUAUCAGUUUUUUCUUUAUCAGCUUCUUCGAGGCAUGAAGUACAUACACACAGCAAAUGUCUUUCACCGGGAUCUAAAACCCAAAAAUAUCCUAGCAAAUGCUGACUGCAAACUCAAAAUCUGUGACUUUGGUCUUGCGAGAGUAGCUUUUAAUGAUACACCCACAGCUAUUUUCUGGACGGACUACGUUGCAACACGUUGGUACAGGGCUCCUGAAUUGUGUGGAUCCUUUUUUUCAAAGUAUACACCAGCAAUAGAUAUAUGGAGCAUUGGCUGCAUCUUUGCAGAACUUUUGACUGGAAAACCUCUUUUUCCUGGGAAAAACGUAGUCCAUCAAUUAGAUCUAAUGACUGAUAUGUUGGGAACGCCAUCUGCUGACGCCAUUGCCAGGGUUCGCAAUGAAAAGGCUCGGAGAUACUUAUGCAGCAUGAGAAAGAAGAAGCCCAUUCCUUUCUCCCAUAAGUUCCCAAAUGCAGAUCCACUUGCACUUCGUUUAUUAGAAAGAAUGCUGGCAUUUGAACCCAAGGAUCGACCUACUGCUGAAGAGGCACUUGCUGAUCCAUACUUCAAGGGCUUGGCCAAGGUUGAGAGGGAGCCUUCUGCACAACCAGUUACCAAGAUGGAAUUUGAAUUUGAGAGGCGAAGAAUAACAAAGGAAGAUGUGAGAGAGCUUAUCUACCGAGAGAUUCUGGAGUAUCAUCCAAAGAUGCUGAAAGAACAGUUGGAGGGAUCUGAGCCAACAGGCUUCAUGUAUCCAAGUGCUGUUGACCAUUUUAAGAAGCAAUUUGCUUUUCUCGAGGAGCAUUAUGGAAAAGGUGGAACUGUUGCUCCACUUGAGAGGCAACAUGCAUCAUUACCCAGGGCAUGUGUAUUAUAUUCAGAUAACUCAGUACAGAAUUCAGCAGAGGUUGCAGAUGAUCUUUCUAAGUGUAGUAUCAAAGAAGUUGAGAAGCCACAUAUGGACAGGAAUAGUGGGAUCCCUGUCACUAGGCUACCAAUUCAAGUUCCCCAAAGUAUCCAAGGAGUUGCUGCAAGGCCUGGGAAAGUUGUUGGUUCAGUUUUGCGGUACAACAAUUGUGGGGCAGCAGCAACAGCAGAGGCUCUUGAACAGCGGAGGAUGUCUAGAAAUGCAGCUGGUACAACUCAAUAUACUGCUUCAAACGGCUCAUAUCCAAGAAGAAACCCAAAUUGCAAAAAUGAGAGGUGUGAAGAUGAUGGGGUUGAAAGUUCUAAUGGGCUUCAGCCAAAGCCUCCUCAGUAUAUGGUAAGGAAAGUUGCCGCUGCUCAAGGUGGAGCUGGAGGUCACUGGUACUGAACCAUGGUGUUAAUUUUGUGGCUGAUCACUGCCUAUUUCAUUCUAUCCUACCGAGUUUAAGGGUUCAUCAGUCACACCUCAUCCCAGGUUGACCUGCUGUCAAUUAUAAACUCUUCAGAUAUGAUGACAUAAUUCAAUCAGAGUGUGAGCUGGCACAGGUGCUUGGGAAUAUAGCACCUGACAACUUUCGUUGGUGAAGUGAUUGCUACAAGUUGCAAUUUGCAUAAUUAAUUUGAAGUUUAGAAAGGGUUCCUAUGGACUCCUGGCCUUGAUCCCACUCUCUGAUUCAUAACAAAAACCAAGAUAUAUAGCAAGAUGUCAUUAGUCAUGAAUGAGGAAUAGGCUAAGCUAUUGAUUGACUUCCAAGUUCUUUUGUUACGUUCUCAUUCUUUGCAAGAUUGAAGUAAUUCUCCUAGUUAUAUAUAUAUAUUUUUUUCUGGGUUUUCCAUAACUAUGACAUUGGUUGUAUCAUUUAACCUCAGUUAUUUGUACUCUGAACAAUGGAUCUCUCUCAGUAGAACAUCUUGAGCAGGGAUUUCUGCAAUAACUUAGUCAAAAGAUGUGAUUUUUUUUUUUUUUUGGUUGAAGAAACAUAUUUGGUUACUGUACUUAUAUUUACUCUUGCAGUUUUUGCACGAGUCUUCUUUUUCUUA